CACGAGCAGGUGGAUCGAGGACAACUUGGAGAAGUCAAAACUAUAACAAAUAUAUUUAUGUUCUGAGUCGCUGGAUUUCUGGAAGCCGACAGGUAUAAUGCAUAACAAUCACGUCCGGAGUGUUUACCUCUAGGCGUGGUGGAGACUCAUUGUCAAGACGGAACAUUUGCUCUGCUGUUGCCUCCCUCUCCAAGAAGCCAAGACGUUGCUCCGCACCGAUUCGUGUGGCCCCAAUCCGAGGCGCGGUGCCCGCUUGGGAAGGUCGGCUCUCGGUCCCCUCCAGGGCGGAAUGAUGGUGCACUGCGCGGGGUGCGAGAGGCCCAUUCUGGAUCGGUUCCUCUUAAACGUUCUGGACCGCGCAUGGCACGCCAAGUGUGUCCAGUGCUGCGAGUGUAACUGCAACUUGACCGAAAAAUGUUUCUCCAGGGAUGGAAAGCUCUAUUGCAAAAUUGACUUUUUCAGGCGUUUUGGUACGAAAUGCGCGGGCUGCUUGCAGGGAAUUUCGCCCAGCGAUCUCGUGCGAAGAGCGCGCAGCAAGGUGUUUCAUCUCAACUGUUUCACGUGCAUGGUGUGCAACAAACAGCUGUCCACGGGCGAGGAGCUCUACGUCAUCGACGAAAACAAAUUUGUGUGUAAAGAGGACUACCUGAGCGCGAGCGCCAUCAAAGAGGUCAAUUUAAACUCAGUGUCAUCGUGUACAGACCGGAGUUUAUCGCCUGAUCUUCCGGAUCAAAUCCAGGACGACACGAAGGAGACGGACAAUUCCACAUCUUCAGAUAAAGACACUAACAACAACGAGAACGAGGAGCAAAACUCGUGCACGAAACGGCGAGGCCCGCGCACCACCAUCAAGGCCAAACAACUGGAGACUCUGAAAGCCGCGUUCGUGGCCACGCCGAAACCCACGCGACACAUCCGCGAACAGCUCGCGCAGGAGACAGGACUUAACAUGCGGGUCAUUCAGGUGUGGUUUCAAAAUCGGCGGUCUAAAGAACGUAGAAUGAAGCAGCUCAGUGCUCUCGGUGCUCGACGGCACGCUUUCUUCAGGGGACCACGAAGAAUGAGGCCUCUCGGAGGAAGACUAGAGGACCCCGACAUAAUGGGCCCUGGAGGAUACAGCUACUACGGAGAAUACCAAGGUGACUAUUACGGCCCAGUGGUCAACUACGAUUUCUUCCCUCAUGGACCCCCUUCCUCACAGGCACAGUCUCCAGCUGAAUCCCCUUACCUUCUCAGCUCGAGUUCAGGAGCCCUGGAGGGCGGCCCGGUCUCUGCUCACCACCCCUCAGACGACCAAAGGUUCACGGACAUGAUAUCCCAUGCAGACACCCCUAGUCCCGAACCAGGCAUGACUGGACCUCUCCAUUCCAAUCCACAGGGGGAAGGUGGAUUCACAGGGAGUCCACCCUACCCCCUGGCCAACAACACCAGUUACAGCGGCCCAAUGUCCCAUCCUGGUCAAGAGAUGGGGGAGAACACUGUUUGGUAGGACAGAGACAAUAAGACUCUAUGGACACAGAGGGCAUUCCAACCUAACCAGUCUACCUUAGUGGUCUACCAAGGGAGGGCUUAUUGGCUGUUCAUGGACCAGAACACACCAAUAUUUGGACCAUAAACCUGAGAGAUGGACUGACAUCAUGCACUCUCUCUCUUGCAGUUUAGGUUCUGCUAUCAAAGGAUGUGUAUUGUCAGUGGUCACCUUGACCGGUCACAUUGGUUUGAGUGCGUUUACAAAGGUUUAUUAUGAUUACAUCACAAUCAAGAUGUUUGUCUGAGGGGUUUUUCUACUGCUUUGACUUACUCAUUAGCAACCGCAUCUGAUGGUCAGAAGUGAGCUAGUACUUAAAGGCAAAUCUAUUUUCAUCCUUCUGUUGGCUUCGGCUUCUUUCUUUUCCAAGAUACCAGGGCUCGGUUUGUUCACAUGUUUUCUUUUCUGUCUUACAACUGCUCCAUUUGUAACA